AGGGAGAAUUAUCGAAUCUUGACAAGACGGAAGUCUGUAUCGCUUUUAAUUAAUAAUUUUGUUGAUUUGUGUUACAUUGAUACCUAUGUUUACUGUAUUUUCCGCUGAAAAAAAUUCGAUUCGAAGUUUGUAUCGUUUAAUAGUACGGCUUCAUUCAGGAUGGGUGGGAAAGCCAGAAUUUUCAGUUUUACUAGUUUAUCUCUAGUAGUCGCAGAUUAUCCACAUACUGAUAGCACCGUAAAGACCAAUAUUCUUCUGGUCCAUUUAGAUACGGGGCGAUAUCUAUGUAUAUAUAUAAGUUGCAAUCACCACGGCGAUUUAAUGAUGAUAGAAAAGAAUCUUGAUAAGCACACUUGUCAUAAUGUCACAGUUAGAGAGACUACAGCCUGUUAUGGCAUAUCAACUAAUGUUCCAAGUCAAGAGAAGACAACGACUGUAUAUUUACAUGCAUGCAUGCAUGCAUGAAAAAAUUCAUUUUUUCUGUAUUGAAUAGGUCGUGCUUUGCCUGUGACGAGAUGGUUAAUUUUUCGAGGAAGAACCCGUUGCUUUAAUUUGCUAGAAUCGAUUGAUAAACUUUUAAAAUGCUCCAAUCAUCCAAUUACAAGUUACUUCAAUAUUUGCAGAAUAUAACGUAAAGUAUAUAUGUACACAGGGAAUUGUGCCUAAAUUGGUACACACUCAUACACCAUUUUUGGCCCUAGAAGAGAGCCUGUUCUUUCUACUACUCGUUAUUUAAAAGCUCGUCAGUUAAGAACUCGAUAUUUUUGAAAUGUUGGCAGGGAUGAACUUAUAUCCAAUCUCGUGGCGCUGGAGGGGUUCCCGUUGAAGUAGAAAAGAAAAUCCUGCUUGCAAUUGACGUUCUGCGUUAUUACUACUUCUAGCUGGGGCUUUUGAGAAAAUCGAGCAAGGUUUCAAUGAUGAGGCAAUUUGGGAGAAGUCAAUAGGGUUUUUUUUAAAGGGUUCAAAAAUGUAUAAAAAUGGCUUCUUAUAUCAUCAAUCAACAGCCGUUUCAAAAAGGAGAAUAUCAGUUGUCAACUGGGCCAUUCAGUUAAACUUCAGCAGUUAACAUUUUUGGACCUUUUGAGUUUUUGACCGUUCUAAGUUUUCGUAUUCCUGGACUUGCUAUCAGUUUUUAAUUUAAUUCCUCAAAAGUUGUUCUGGUUGCGUGGCGGAAAAGUUGUUUGCAGACUAAAGAAAGAUUAUAUUAGAGAUGACUGGCUAUUAGCUUAGGUCAGCGGUCGUUAUAGUGAGCGAAAACAAUCGGCAAGAUGGAUCGUUUAUCAGACCUGCAUUAUAGUCAAACGACUGAUUGCGCAAGAUUGCCAGUUUGGCGAUUUUUACUGAAAUGAGUUGUCAAUAAAGAUUACGGUAAAACACCGUCGGUUUAAUAAUGUGUUAUGCACAGGAAUAGCUUAGAACGGUUGCCGACAUUCGGCACUGAAACUUGACGCAAUGCAGACCCGAGUCUGUGUGCACUGACGCCUUCUCCUGUCGACCUGUAACAAUGCGACAAGGGCAGAACCCGAAAGUCACGUUGCCCUGCUCCAACUAUAAAGGCCCUACAGCUAAUACUGGACUAGUAAUCCGCUGCAGAUCUGGUGCAUCGUAGAUGACCAGCAGUUAGUGGGUGUUUAGUCUGUGGCAAAAAUAUCGAUAGAGGAUUAGUUUGAGGAUGGGCAGCCCGAGCGCUAAAUGUAUUCAGAACACGACCGUCGUUGCCUUUGUAAUCCUACUUCAACUGAUUUUUGAAUUAAAGCCAUCAUUCUCAGAAGCUCGAGCACGAUAUCGGCAACCUCACGAUCGCGAGGACAAGGACCUUGUGGCCAUGCGAAGCGUCAACACCAACUUCCUCUACACCCUAAUUUGCGAUAACUUUGUAUCUGCUGAUACCCAGCUGGCACGCUAUCAUUGCUUACUAAACAGAAUGACAGCCAUCGACCGAAGUGCAUUAUCUAAAUGCGUGACUCGUUUCAAUCUUCGAAGCAAUGCGGAGUUCAUAAGCACCUUCUGCAGGGGAGGACUAAGUUGCAAACAGUUCAGACACUGUAUCGUUAGAGAAAGGGAAGCACUUCGAGAGGCUGUUGGCGCUACAGUCGCUACAAAACCAACCGGAGAUUCCCUGAUCACUGCGGAACCGGUAUCAACUGCUAUUACGACAAAUAUGCCACCAACGACAACCACCCCAUUCCCGACUACUGCUACGACCAUUGCGUCACCAUCAUUUGCUGUUGUCACCAAAACUACUGAGGCUUCGACAUCCUCCGUCUUUGAAGGGAACGCUACAACAGUGGACGCGGCUGAAGAAGCUGGUCGAGGUGAUGACACUUCGUCUCCUCCGCCCCCCCUCGGCACGUCGCAACCUCUCCAGCCCGAACACUCCCCCGAGCAGUUAAUCGACGAUGAGGAUGACUUCUUCCCAUGUCUGUGUGUGAAGAAAGCUAAAUAUCUCAAGCGAAGUUCGAAGGCUUUUCGACAAGGCCGUUCCCUCAAUAACAAGGAUGUCGAGCUGCUCCGAAGGCAGUUGGAAAACGCGAGGCUCUUAUUUCCACCAGAAGUGAUCAGGAAAUGCCUCGUUGAUUUCGGUCACCAACCACAAGGCCAUACUUCCGUUAGUUCCACUUCAUCGCUUCGAAAAUACUACGGGAGCAUUUUUCGCCCUUUCUAGUUUGACUCUAGACACAGCGUUGAAAUUCAUAUCGUGGAUUUGCACAAGUCAAACAAAGUCUAGCGGUAAAGAUAAGUUGACCACCGCAGAAACCCAUUUUGCACGUAAUGUAGAUUUGCCAUUUUAAUAAACACUUGAUUAACAAUAAGUAUAUCAAGUUUUGAAGAACGUGUCUUUAUGUUUAUCAACAUUGUCCAUAUGAUAUUGUCUUACUGAUAGACUGGAAGAAAGGUCGAUGAGAGACUCCUAUCGAUACAUACCAGCAGUUAACUUGUCACGUCAAAGUACAGGUACAAGGCUUGCUCCAUCAGUUUGUCAGGCCAGAGUAGAGAUGCGGUAAUAUAAACUGUCAUUAGCUGGUAUCCACUGGUUGACUAUCGAGACUCAGAAAAAAUAAUACUAGGAAGCGAAAUACAACGAGUAAGCUGAUCGAAUACUGUAUGCAAAAAUAGGGAAUAUGUUUUUUAAAAUAGAGAUUUUUGGCUUUUCAAUGGU